GAAGCAGCUGGAGAGGAGGAGGAGCAGCAGCAGGAGCAGUAGCUGCCCUGCUUUCUGUCUCAGUCUCAAAUCCUGGAAUCGAUUGGGUUAGAAAUCCACAUCCCAUUGAAGUUUGGCUGCUAUUGCCUUCAGCAGGCUGGUCAUCAGAGUCCCCCUCAGCAGACAUGUGGACCAGAUUGGAUUCCUAGAUUUGUAGCCAGCGAGACUCCUGCCCAGCCUUUCACUGAAGGGAUUUCUCUGCUGGUUAUUGUUCCUAUCAUCAACUUUGCACCGUGGAGCCAGCCAGCUGGUGCAAUUGAGAAUAAUAGCUCCUUGGCUCUGUUUGUCCGUUGGGCAAGCAGCCAUGCUGUGGCUUAGAAAGUUCAUCCUAUGGCUUCUCUGUCAAACCAAGGAGUGCUCCUGAACGGCUUAAAGACAGCACUUGCGUUCUAAAACUUGAGAAUUUGUGGUUUUAACGUUUUUUUUUUUUUUCCUUUUCAUUUCCUUAACUCUUAUUUUGGUUGCAGCAGCAAGAACACAAGGAAUUGAUACAUCAGUGCUCUGAUGAGAAGCCAAGGAAGGAGAAGUGACUGCCUACAGCUUUGAAGGCCAGCAUUGGGAGAUAGGUCAGGGUUGAAUUCUACAAUCUUAGAAGCUGCAGGAUAACAGUCGAGCUAGGAUCCAGGGACAUGUGCCAGGUUUGGAGACUACACAUGGGAUCAUUCCAGGCAUCUCUAUGGGCUAAGCCCAAGGCAUCAGCCAGUCAAAAUUGCUAGAAAUAGACUGAAAAGAGCAGGACAGUAUAUUGUCUUCCAAGACAAUCUCUGUUAAGCAUCCUGACCAGAAAUUAGAGGAAGAAGCAGAGAAUUCUUCAGACCCUGAGGGAGAAAAUGAAACGAUUGUUGCAAGAGUCAGAGGAAGAAAUCAUGGUCACCCUGGGACCCCCCUCCAGGCUUUCCCCAGAUAAAGCUAAGUCAGAGACUAUGUGUGGCAUCAAGAGCAAGUACUCAGGCCCCAUUGAAUCCUUACCAGAAGAUAGAUCCCUGCUCCCUCACUGUGGGUCAACAGCCUCAGCCAUUGGUGGAGAUAGAGAUGGGGGCCUGGCCCAGCAUUGCAACUUUGAGCAGCAGGCCGGCAGCCAGUUUCCUCUGGGCUCUACAGCCUGUGCUUCGGGAUCUGGCUCUCAGGAUCUCUCAUCUGUCAGCAUUACCACAAGCUGUCAAGAGCCCUCAGAAAGGAAUCAAGCCAAGUCCCUUUUGUCCAGAGGCCCUCACCAAGGCUGCAGCUGUGAACAGCAAGAGCCUUUGGGGGAUGUAGUAGACUAUAUAAUCAGAGAGCUACAAGGCAUCAGCCGUCUCCAAACUGAAAUUGCUGAACUGCAGCAACACUUGAGCCAAGUCCGGGGUUCUGUGGAUGAAGUGUCUAGCUGUGUAGACUCAGUUCUGAGUGAAAUAGAAGGCUUGCAGGUAGGCAGCAGCUCCCUGGCCAAGGUGUGUGCGGGGGAAAUGGCCCAGGAACCCCAUAUGGACAGACCCAGUGAAGAAGCCAUUCUGUAUCUGUAUGGACUUCCUGAGCAAGAUGGGGAAAAUACCAUGGAGCUGGUACACAGCUUCCUGGCCAUGCACCUCUGUGUUAAUGGCAUGCAAUGCAACAGGUACAUCAAAGAGGCUUACAGGGCAGGCAAAGCUCCAGCCCCCAGGCCUACUGUUGUGAAACUUGCCCAUCUAGAGCAUAGAGACUUCAUAUUGCAGAAAUCCAUCCUUUUGCAGAGUGUAGGAGUCCGGAUUGCCACCAAAGAAGAACCGAGCUGGCCACAGUGCUAUAAGAAUCCCCAAAAGGAGUCUCUGUCAUUUUUGCAACAACUUCAGGAUGAUAAUGCAAAUUCUUUAAACCACCAUGAGCCACUUCUUCAGAUGGAAACAGGGGACACAGGACCCAUAACAGGAGCAUCUCAAAAUCAACACAGAGAACCUCAAACCACUGAGCAGCAAGGCCUUUGCUUCCCACCCAAGAAUAAUUUCACAAAGCCAAGUGGUGUAUCUAAGCCAGGAGAAGAAGUAGAAGGAACAUCAGGAGCCUUCCGAGUUAUUGGUGGCAGUUUGGGUGAGAUGACAGGGAGAGAGGCUUCUCUGUCCACCUUCCAUCAAUUUGAGGAACCUUCCCCAGUAUUAAUCUCAGGAGAGGAGGGUUCUGGGAAACCCCAGGUUUUGAAACAGUCCAGCCAAGGAUUUGAAGCAUGUAGUAUAGCAAAAAGAGAAAACAACUGCAGCAAUAAAAGUGAGGCUGGUAGCUGCCUGUCACUGUCUGGAUUGCUGAAGACGGAGGACAAGCUCCUGGCCUGUGAAGCUGGGCUUGAUAUUCUGAGCUCAAAGCAACUGGAGGACCUUUUGACAGAUAAGUCCAAAAGGUUUGCAACUCUGAGCCGUGACCGCAUGAUGGAGGAAAUUAUCAUAGGGCCUGAGACUUUCAGUGACAUGGUUCAUAUUGACUUGAAUGAAGAGGAGGAGCAUGCUACUCAGGUCCUUAAAGAUGUCUUUGAAAAGUCAUCUUGUGGGCUGGUCGGUUUGCAGGAGGAUGAAGAUGUAGAAAUUAAAUUUUACAAAAGCAAACUGGGCCGAGCAAUUAACCAUUUUCGUUCAGCUCUACAGGGUGUGUUUCAGAAGCUGGAGAAUAGUGGGUCCAUCAGUCCUGAGGACCUGGAAAGCAAUGAGAGUGGUUCUCAGUCAGAGAACAGUGAUAGACUUCUUGGUACAAUGAGUUCAGAAGGUGCGCAAGAUUUCUCUGUGGAGAGCCCUGGGAGUCAGGAGAGUGAGAGCUUGCUCAGUAUGGUAUCUGGUGGAGUGGGCAUUUCUACACAGAGAGACCAAACCUUUCAGGAUCCUAGCAACUUCUCUCUGGCUUCUACCUCCUUGCCUAUCGCAUAUUCAUUGCCAGGUUUUUCUCUGGCUCCAUGUCUGGGAAGUGAAACUUGUUCCAGGCCUGAAUCUCCCAAGCAGGGCAGACUAAGCCUAGAGCAAGUGUGUGCAGAGACUGUCUACCUCAACAAGUGCAUCAACAAUUUUAAAAAUGUUCUGAGAGAGAAAAGACUGAGGCAGAAAAAACUUUUGCAUGAGCUAGUACAGAAGGCAAACCAUCUCUCAGUAGAAGACAUACACUCAGAAAGAAAGCGAGGAGCCAUUCAGAUUCCGGAUGAUGGUCACCCUUCUUUGCCCCAGUGGCUUCCGGAAGGGCCUGCUGGAGGGCUCUAUGGCAUUGACAGCAUGCCAGAUCUACGCAGAAAGAAACCAUUGCCACUUGUCAGUGAUCUGGCUAUGUCAUUGGUCCAGUCCCGGAAAGCAGGAAUUACUUCUGCAAUGGCUACACGUACCUCUCUGAAGGAUGAAGAGCUGAAAUCCCAUGUGUAUAAGAAAACCCUGCAGGCCUUAAUCUACCCAAUCUCGUGCACCACACCCCACAACUUUGAAGUCUGGACAGCCACUACCCCAACCUACUGCUAUGAGUGUGAAGGUCUGCUCUGGGGCAUUGCCCGGCAGGGCAUGCGCUGCAGCGAGUGUGGAGUCAAGUGCCAUGAGAAGUGCCAAGACCUGCUCAACGCCGACUGCCUGCAGCGGGCUGCAGAAAAGAGUUCUAAACAUGGAGCUGAGGACCGGACCCAGAACAUAAUCAUGGCGAUGAAGGACCGCAUGAAGAUCCGAGAGCGGAAUAAGCCAGAGAUCUUUGAGGUUAUCCGAGAUGUCUUUACCGUGAGCAAAGUUGCCCAUGUGCAACAGAUGAAAACAGUGAAGCAGAGUGUACUGGAUGGCACCUCCAAAUGGUCAGCCAAAAUUACCAUCACUGUGGUGUGUGCCCAGGGCCUACAAGCCAAGGACAAGACAGGAUCCAGUGACCCUUAUGUGACUGUGCAAGUGGGCAAAACCAAGAAGCGUACCAAGACUAUUUUUGGGAACCUGAAUCCUGUUUGGGAAGAGAAGUUCCAUUUUGAGUGCCACAACUCUUCUGACCGCAUUAAGGUACGUGUAUGGGAUGAGGAUGAUGACAUCAAGUCAAGAGUAAAGCAACGGCUAAAGCGAGAGUCCGAUGAUUUCCUUGGCCAAACCAUUAUUGAGGUUCGGACACUGAGUGGCGAGAUGGACGUCUGGUACAACUUGGAGAAGAGGACAGAUAAAUCAGCUGUCUCAGGGGCUAUCCGACUGCAAAUCAGUGUGGAGAUCAAGGGAGAGGAGAAAGUAGCGCCAUAUCAUGUGCAGUAUACGUGUCUCCAUGAGAACCUUUUCCAUUACCUCACAGACAUUCAGGGUAGUGGAGGAGUCCUGAUCCCUGAGGCUCGCGGAGACGAUGCAUGGAAGGUGUACUUUGAUGAGACUGCCCAAGAAAUUGUGGAUGAAUUUGCCAUGCGCUAUGGCAUCGAGUCCAUAUAUCAGGCCAUGACGCACUUUGCAUGUUUGUCAUCCAAGUACAUGUGUCCUGGUGUGCCUGCGGUGAUGAGCACCUUAUUGGCCAACAUCAAUGCCUACUAUGCCCAUACAACUGCCUCUACCAACGUCUCUGCAUCUGAUCGCUUUGCAGCCUCCAACUUUGGGAAAGAGAGAUUUGUAAAACUACUGGACCAGCUGCACAACUCACUGAGGAUUGACCUCUCUACCUACAGGAAUAAUUUCCCUGCUGGAAGCCCUGAGCGGCUUCAGGACUUAAAGUCAACAGUGGAUUUGCUGACCAGCAUUACUUUCUUCAGAAUGAAGGUACAAGAACUGCAGAGCCCUCCAAGAGCCAGCCAAGUGGUAAAGGAUUGUGUGAAGGCCUGUUUGAACUCCACAUAUGAGUAUAUCUUCAACAACUGCCAUGACUUGUAUAGUCGCCAGUACCAGCUGAAACAGGAGCUACCUCCAGAGGAACAAGGACCCAGCAUUCGGAACCUGGAUUUUUGGCCCAAACUCAUCACGCUCAUUGUGUCAAUCAUAGAGGAAGAUAAGAAUUCCUACACACUCGUUCUGAACCAGUUUCCUCAGGAAUUGAAUGUGGGAAAAGUCAGCGCAGAAGUGAUGUGGCAGCUCUUUGCCCAAGACAUGAAAUAUGCACUGGAGGAGCAUGAGAAGGACCGGCUGUGUAAGAGUGCUGACUACAUGAACCUGCACUUCAAGGUGAAGUGGCUCCACAAUGAAUACGUGCGAGAUCUGCCUGCCCUGCAGGGGCAGGUGCCUGAGUACCCAGUGUGGUUUGAGCAGUUUGUUCUGCAAUGGCUGGAUGAAAAUGAGGAUGUGUCCCUGGAAUUCCUGCGUGGGGCUCUGGAACGAGAUAAGAAGGAUGGGUUCCAGCAGACAUCAGAGCAUGCACUCUUUUCCUGCUCUGUGGUGGAUGUCUUCACACAGCUCAACCAGAGCUUUGAGAUCAUCCGGAAGCUGGAGUGCCCAGACCCCAACAUCCUUGCCCACUACAUGAGGAGAUUUGCUAAGACCAUCGGGAAGGUGUUGAUGCAGUAUGCAAACAUCUUAUCAAAGAGCUUCCCAGAUUAUUGCACAAAGGAGAAAAUGCCCUGCAUCCUGAUGAACAACAUGCAGCAACUGAGGGUCCAGCUGGAGAAAAUGUUUGAGGCCAUGGGAGGCAAGGAGGUAGGUCUCAGGGUGUGGAAUUGCUGCACUUUCUCUUUGUUCCUGAGCUCCCUGGGUGUAGAACUCAUCAGCAAUUUAGCUGAGGGUCUAGGCUGGGUUAAGCUGAAGGAUCAAAGUAGGCAUUGGGGUAAAGGCUCUUGGAGGGAGGAGUUAGUGGCACAGGAGGGGAACAAAAGACACAAAAACCAGCUCAGCCAAGCACACCUUCUUUGGAUACAGUUGGACCCUGAAGCUGCAGACAGUUUGAAGGAGCUGCAGGUGAAACUGAAUACAGUUCUGGAUGAGCUCAGCAUGGUAUUUGGAAACAGUUUUCAGGUGCGGAUUGAUGAGUGUGUUCGACAAAUGGCUGACAUCCUGGGCCAGGUGCGAGGCCCAGGGAAUGCAUCCCCCAACGCCAGGGCCUCUGUGGCUCAGGAUGCAGAUAGUGUGCUCCGGCCUCUCAUGGACUUCCUGGAUGGCAACCUCACACUCUUUGCCACUGUGUGUGAGAAGACAGUCCUGAAGCGUGUACUGAAGGAGCUCUGGAGGGUGGUCAUGAACACAAUGGAAAGAAUGAUUGUUCUGCCCCCACUCACUGACCAGACGGGCACCCAGCUGAUCUUUACUGCUGCCAAGGAGCUGAGCCAUCUUUCUAAGCUCAAGGACCACAUGGUGCGAGAGGAAACACGGAGUCUCACUCCAAAGCAGUGUGAAGUCCUUGACCUCGCUCUGGACACUAUCAAGCAAUACUUUCAUGCAGGAGGUAAUGGGCUGAAGAAAACCUUCCUGGAGAAGAGCUCAGAUCUGCAGUCUCUACGCUAUGCCCUGUCUCUCUACACACAGACCACAGAUACACUCAUCAAAACCUUUGUACGCUCACAGACUGCCCAGGUGCAUGAUGGGAAAGGUAUUAGGUUUACUGCUAAUGAGGACAUUCGGCCGGAAAAGGGAUCUGGUGUGGAUGAUCCUGUGGGAGAAGUCUCUAUUCAGGUGGACUUGUUUACACAUCCUGGAACUGGGGAGCACAAGGUCACAGUGAAAGUGGUAGCUGCCAAUGACCUCAAGUGGCAGACAGCGGGUAUGUUCCGGCCCUUUGUGGAAGUGACCAUGGUUGGCCCACACCAAAGUGAAAAGAAGAGGAAGUUCACAACCAAGUCAAAAAGCAACAACUGGGCUCCCAAGUACAAUGAGACAUUUCACUUCCUCCUGGGAAAUGAAGAAGGGCCAGAAGCCUAUGAAUUGCAAAUAUGUGUGAAGGAUUACUGCUUUGCCCGUGAGGAUCGUGUUUUGGGGCUGGCUGUGAUGCCUCUGAGGGAUGUAGCAGCCAAGGGCAGCUGUGCUUGCUGGUGUCCCUUGGGCCGGAAGAUCCACAUGGAUGAGACAGGCAUGACUAUUCUCCGGAUUCUAUCUCAAAGGAGCAAUGACGAAGUGGCUCGAGAGUUUGUGAAGCUCAAAUCGGAGUCUCGUUCCAUGGAAGAGGGGAGCUGAGCACCUAGAUUCCUGUGCCAACCAAAUGGCAUCAGUUCCACAAGUCAGGGCCAGUGAGAGUUACUAUGUAGCCAGCUUAGGGUCCUCAUAGUCAAGGGGCUGACUCCUUCAGUUUAAGGAAAUUUAAGGAAAAAUUGGGGUGAUCAGAAUAUGUCUUUUCAUAGAAAGAGUCACAAAUCCCUGACCAGUAGGUCUGUGGUGCUAGGAGCUGGGCUGUGGGGGCUACUGCAUAGGGAGGUUUUCCAUAAAGGGAGGGACAGGCAUUUCUAAGAGUGUUAGCCAUUCUUGGUAGACACCCCUUCACCCCACACCCCAUCUCUACCCCUCUCCAUGCCAUACAUUAUCCAGUUAGACUUAUCCAUAUCAACCAUUAGAAGAACACAGAGAGCCUGGAGCAUGUACCUGGUUAGCUAAAUAGUCAGUUGAGCCUACAGUUGUUGCUGAGCCCUAUAGUCUGGAUUGGGAGUAUGACCAGGGCACGAACAUACAGAACAGAAUUUAGACCAUACCUUGGGAGCAGGAUCCACUAGUUUUGUGGAGCUCCAUGAAAACAAGGCUUUGAGGGCAGCCCGGGUGGCUCAGCGGUUUAGUGCCGCCUUCAGCUCAGGGCCUGAUCCUGGAGACCUGGGAUCCAGUCCCACAUCGGGCUCCCUGCAUGGAGCCUGCUUCUCCCUCUGCCUGUGUCUCUGCCUCUCUGUGUCUCUCAUGAAUAAAUAAAUAAAUAAAAUCUUUAAAAAAAAAAAAAAGAAAAAGAAAACAAGGCUUUGAGACUGAACAAGAUACCUUCUAGAAAUGAGCUGUGCUAAUCCUUUCCCCCAAAUUAUAUGUCAUGAGUAGAAUGAGGUUCACAUGGUACUUCGAGCCCUGAGCUCGAAUACUUUUGGAACCCAGGCACCAGAGGCCCCCUGCUCAGGAGCCCCCUCCCUCACUCCUGUAAGAAGGGGAGCAAUGAUGUUUUCAGACAUGAGAGGCUGUUCCUUUGUGUAUGUACCUGAGGGCUAAUUGAAGGAUCCAGGAGAGAGGGUUGUGUUUUCUUCUUGGGUAGGCUCUGAAAAAAGCCAAAAAUUGUAGAAACCAGUCUAGAAGCAGUCCUCCUUACCUAAGGCUCCUGCCUUCUGGUUGUCCUCCACUUUGCAGAAAGAAUCUAGUCUUUGGCCUCACCCCUCUUCAUCUAGGUCAGCUGCUGUUCCCCUCACAGAUGUUCAACCCUACAGAAGGAGCUUGGACUAUCUAUCAUCCCUUUUACAAGGCUGGAUGGAGGAGGCUUCAACAUUCUCUGGGAAGUCAGAGACAAACUCUUUCAGGAGGUCAUAUGGACUUCUCAGGCCCUUGAUCAGAGAUGUGACGUGGUUCUUGGAUAUCCUUAGUAGCAGCCUCCUGGACCUCCUGAGGACUCUGUGUUGUCCACAGCUGUACUGGCCAUUACAUGAAACAACAAACCAAGCAUCUUUGCUGUUGUUAAUUAUUGUAUGUGCCAUUGUUACAGAACAUUUUUGGCUAGUCUCUAAUAAAUUCUCUUAUAGCAAC